AUGGCGCCAAUCCCCAUAACGAUCGUGACGGGCUUCCUCGGCUCGGGCAAAACAACCCUCCUCCUCAACCUAAUCCCGCAACUCCCAAAGACAUACAAGCUCGCCCUCCUCAAGAACGAAUUCGGCGACGUAGCCGUUGACUCUCAACUCGCCUCAACACAAUCCAUCAGCGGCGUGCGCGAGCUGCUCAAUGGCUGUAUCUGCUGCAACCUUGUUGGGCAGCUCAGCGAUGCACUUGAUCAGCUCCGCACUGAAGUGCAACCCGACCGCAUCGUGAUCGAGACUAGCGGCAGCGCAUUCCCUGCAACGCUUGCAAUGGAAGUAAACCGCCUUGCGCGCGAACAGGGUGGAAAUUACGUUCUCGAUGGUGUGAUCAGCGUUAUUGAUGUCGAGAACUGGGAGGGAUAUGAGGAUACCUCGUACACGGCGAAGAUUCAAGCGAAGUAUACCGAUUUGAUUGUUUUCAAUAAGUGGGAGGAUUCACCUCAGCGGUUUGAUGUUUGUUUGGAUCGGGUGGGUGAUUUGGAGGUCGAGACUCCUUGGGUGAAGUCGAACAAGGGGAGGGUUGAUAUGGAUGUGCUGCUGGGUAUUGAUGGGGCUUUGUUUAAGGAGGCGGAGGAUGGGGCUGCGGCUGGACAUGGACAUGACCAUGGACAUGACCAUAAGCAUCAGCAUGAUCAUCAGUCUGAGGUGGAGGUUCUUUCUGUUGUUUUGAAGUCCGAUGUUGAGGGGAAGACGGUCGAUGUUGCUGCUCUGGAGCGGUUCCUCUCUUCGGCGUCUCGUGAGGAGGUGUAUCGCAUCAAGGGAAUUGUUCGCUGCUCGAACCAGGAUCUUCCGGUCGAAUCAUCGGAUAAUUCGAUUGUGAGAAAGACACUCGAGACGUCUGGAGUGCAGUAUUACAUUCUCAACUGGGCGUUUGGACGCUGGACUUGCACUCCUUCUACCAUGGUUGCGGAAUCUGCAGACCCAGCUGUCAUCGCCCGCAUUACAUUGAUUCUGGCUCGGUACGAGUCAGCCAAGUGGAAAAAGAAGCUUGAAGCUGGUGAGCUGGUCCAGGCGGGCGAGGGAGAGGGUGUGGAGUUGAGUGUGGAGCGCUUGGUCUAG